ACAACUCACCCUAAGCUAAAACCAGAACGCCUCAUAAAGCUCCCCACUUUAGUCUAUGUCUUCUCUUUCCCGCGGCUGGGCCGGUCGGCUCCCUGGCUAACAAGUUUUUCACGACUUUGCCUUAGGCAAUAUGGUAGCGGCCUGGACGGCCCAGAACCUACAGAAGCUCCAGGCCAGGCCUACAGAUGACCCAAGAUCGGAAAAUCCUUCCGGUCGUGGGUGAACUGCGGUUGCGCGGACAAGAUGGGACAAGUGGGUAGUGGCUGCAAGGGGUGUGUUCUUUUCCUCCAACGGCCAGGCUCCCAGAGCCCGCCAAACGAAGGGGUCUUCCUCAGGCAGAGCGCACGCGCAAGAGAACAAGCCGGGUCUAGGUUCUGGCGGAGGUUCCAUGUGGGCGGGGCCUUCGGCAGCUCGCGAAGAUUCCAGAGGCACCUCGCGCUAGAGGAAGGGAGGGGCGAAGAGAAGGAGGCUCUGCUCUGUAGGCUGGCUGGGCCUUUCCGGCUCUCUUCUCGCGCAGGCGGCCUAAAGGGUGUCUCUCGACGGGACGGACUUCGCGCAGGCGGCCUAUCCCCUGGCAGCCGCCCCCACUCGGGAACGUCCUAUUCGUGCGCAGGUAUCGCUGGGGAUAGCGUCUCGUGCCUUUCACGUCCGCGUUCUGGCCGCGGCGAAAAGGGCGUUCUGAGCCCAGCCCUUGCAGCGUGGGGUCCUAGAACCAAUCUUCGGCGUGGUAGCAGCAGGAGUUACUCCUGGCGUUGGCAGCAAGCCAUGGCGGCAGCCCUGGAAGAGGUAAGGCCCGGUGCUCGGGGACCUUCCAGCCCCGCUCAUCCUUGGGACACCUCUCCCCCCGUCCCGUGCCUCGGCUGCCCCCUCCCCUCCAGCCCCCAGGCCCUUUCCCUAUGCCAUUUGCAAAGCUUCUUCUCCACCUCUACCGCUGUGUCGGGGCCGCUGCCCCUGAAGCCUCCGCUCCUGCUGCGGCAGAGCUCCGCCGCUACCUUCGUGGACCCGGGCUGGAGAGAGUCCAGACGGCGGGCGCCAGGGGAGCUACGGAAGGACUUGGAAGAAGUGAAGGAAUUGCUGGGAAAGGCCACAAGAAAACGAGUCCGUGAUGUUUUAACAGCAGAAAAGUCCAAAUUGGAGACAGAAAUCAAACACAAGACAAAGCAAAAGGGAGAGGAGAAAAGAGAAACUGCUGAAAUUGAGAAACCAGCAGCUGUGGUUGCCCCCAUUUCAGUAGGGUACACAGUGAAAAUAAACAAUUAUGGAUGGGAUCAAUCAGACAAAUUUGUGAAAAUCUACAUCACCUUAACUGGUGUUCAGAAUGCCCCCCCUGAGAAUGUACAAGUGCAGUUCACAGAGAGGUCAUUUGAAGUUCUUGUAAAGAAUCUUAAUGGGAAAAACUACUCCAUGACUGUCAACAACCUCUUGAAGCCCAUCUCUGUAGAAGGUAGUUUAAGAAAGAUCAAGACCGAUACAGUUCUUGUAUUAUGCAAAAAGAAACAGGAACAGAAAUGGGAUUACCUGACCCAGGUGGAAAAAGAAUGCAAAGAGAAAGAAAAAUCUUCCUUUGAUAAUGACACAGAUCCUAGUGAAGGGCUGAUGAAUGUUUUGAAGAAAAUUUAUGAAGAUGGAGAUGAUGAAAUGAAGAGAACUAUUAAUAAAGCCUGGGUAGAGUCAAGGGAGAAACAAGCCAAAGGAGAGACCGAAUUUUGAGAUGAAAAAGUCCUUUCAGCCACCAAUGUGGAAAUAUUGUUUCCAAUAAGGAACUGUUGCUGAGCUGCACAGAUGCAUUUGACAAGUAUAUUGUUUACACAGCCUUCUUCCAAGCAAAGACCAUGAACUCCUUCCAUUUCAUGCUGGAGGAUUUAUUUAAAAUAAAUUACACUUAUUUUAAAACACUUCUUUCAAGGAAGGGUUGCCUUAGUGCCCUGGUUUUUGUGUGUAAGAAAGGGUCAUUGUUUCCUCACUUCAAUGUCAAAAAAAAGUCUAGCUAAUUAAAAAUGCUAUAUAUUCAUUAA